AUGAUAUCUACCGUAUAAAUAUACGAGUGGUCUAACGAAGAUGGAAUUCAAUCUUCCCCUCCAACUACAUUAUGCCCAACAAAUUCCUAAAGCUACAUCACAAAUCUCAAUCUCAACUUCACAAUCCUCACCAUGUCGCCUUUCCUUCCUCUGAUUCAAGUUCCGUAGAGGGCUCGGAUGAUAGUCACCAGGACGAUCAUCAUAGUAAACAUAACGUGUUGAGGGGAGUGAAGAGAGGUUUAGAGAGAAUACGCUCCUUUUCAUCGACUUCCACUGGUUCAUCUCCCAAGAAACCUAAACCUUCCAUAAAGAGCCUGGCCCGAGCUGCUGAAAAUGUUGCCCACGUGAUUCUGAAUGACAAUGAGCGAAAGAGGAAAGCCAGCAGGGUCGUUACACUUCCCUCCCCCCCUACCAUCACCGUCGACGAAGACGACAACGACAACCUCGGGAUUCUUCCUCCCGCUAUCACCAUCAUCGGUAUCGAUAAACAAGACCAGGACCAAGAAAUCAUCCCCGUACUCCCGUAUCUCACCUCAAUGGCGACUAACGACGAAGAUCAACCCCAAGGACACGACACCCCACCACCACCACCACCACCAGUUUACGUCGAGCCUGCUGUCCCAGAUCCUUUUCUUAUUGAUGAAGCUGAUUCAUCGACUUCUGAGGAUGAGAUCCAAACCGAACCGACAGCGACCCCACUUUCUCCCUCAGUAACACUUUCUCUCCCUUCGCCCGUGGAUGUCAAUAAGGCCGUCCCCCCUCCACCAACAGUGAAUGAAGAAGAGAAGGAAGAACAGGGUGAAGAACAGGCACCAGAGCUCUACAUACCGGGCCUGGUCCUUCCGACGAUGUUUCUCCCAAUACCGAACACUGAUCCAUUGACUACACUGUUAAACAAAUAUAUUUAUCCUCCUGAUAAACGACCCAAUCGAGAUUUGACCGGUGAAUGGCAACAUAGCAAUUUUCAUACUUUGGUUAUAACGAAUAGCUGGCGUGCUCUGGCCAGAAUGGCUUGCGACAGGAUCGUUACGACCGAUCCAGCGGAGGAUUUAUCGCUUAUUCUUGGUCUCUGGUAUCUCCGCCUUUCGUGUCUGUCCCGACUCCGCCUCUUCAACCAGACAACAGUAGAAUGCAACAACCUCUUCUCCGUUCUCAGCGCCGUCGAGCCUCCAGAAUCCAAAGCAUUCCUCUUUGAACGAAUUCUUCCUUUCGAGCUUGAAGUCAUGCAAGCGCGGCUCAAAUACUGGGCCGGAGACCAUAUGUCGUAUCUUGAUGAACUUUGUUUCCUUCUCGACAAAUGCAAAACGAAGGCACGAUCCUCUGAAUCCGAUUCUCCGAUCGCCGUGAUGUGGAAAGAGCGAGGUGCUAGGAUAUCGUUGAUCAUGGCUUCGCAGCUCAUGGAAAUGAAGUCUGGAGCGGCAUGUAAACUCCUCGAGCCUCUCCUACAACAGCAAUACGAAUCAGAAGACCUGACUUCACCCGCUCUCCGGUCCGCUAUCGCACGCAUGUACCUACAAUCCGGGCAUCUCUCAAUGGCCAAGAAACAUAUCAACAUCGUGAACGAAGACCGAAAUGCAGAACAGUCGAUGAAAGAUAUGAACGAGGCAUUGCUUGCUUCUGCGUGUGGAGAGUGGGAGACAGCAAGUCGGAUUUUUCAGCGUUUGAUUGAAGAGAAUUCUGAGAACUUUGUGGCUAUGAAUAACCUUUCGGUGACACUUUUGGCCCAAGGCAAACUGAAGGAGGGAAUCGAAGUGUUGGAACGGGCACUCAAAACAUCUCCUUCGUCCGUGGUCGGUGCAGAACCAUUCUUGUUCAACCUCUCAACCUUGUAUGAACUUCGGUCGACCACUGCCACCCAAAAGAAGCUAGAUCUCUUGAUAGAAGUUGCAAAAUGGAGCGGUGACGGACUGAAGAUUGCAUGCUUGAAAAUGCCUUCAAACUGAAAGGGGGCUUCAAAAACGCUGUCCAAUGUACUGUACUGGUACUUCCGCACCCUAAACUUAUCUAUAAUUCCAUACG